GCCCUGCACUUCAUCCUGGGGCUGACAUUUACCGAUUGCACAUUGAUAUGAAGGGCAUUGCAGAUCUCCUCGACUCCGACAUGGAGGAGGCGGUACCUUUUAUCGACGAAAAUUCGAUUCUGUCCUCCGCCUCCGACGCAACCGAUGCCACUACCACGAAAACGGCACAAGGGAAACGAGGCAAAAAAAGACAGCGCGUCACAAUGCCAACGAAAGUAAAGUCGAAAGUACAGAAGGGUGCCCCAUCAGAGACCAAAAAAGCCUCUUCUAGACAGACCGCCGGCGUGAAGCGCAAGGCGGUCGAGGAUGCUUCAAACGACCAAGAUUCCACUGGCAACCUCGAUGAGUCGCUAAGAGAUUCCGAAGCAGAGAAGCAACCAAUCGCACCGAAAGCUAAAAGAGGAAAGCGCACGAAUAACAAAGUAAAAGCAGCACCCGAGGCUGUGGAAGCCGUUGAGAACGAAGAUCAGUUAAUAGAGGUAUCACCUGUGGCAGUGCGUUCAAAGCAUGCCGCAGCCCGAACGAAGAAAGAAGCGCCAAAAGUCUCUGCCAAAGCCACCGCUCCCACAAAGUCGAAAGCGGCCUCACAACCUCAAUGUGUUGUACUGGAACCGCAGCAUGACGAGACGGAGGAGAUAACCGAAGAGUUGGAAGUUGUCAGAGCACCGAAAGGGAGAGCAAUUGCGAGAGAUACAUCCAGAACAAGGCAAGAUCCGCCUUACCGAAGGCGAGCCGGGAGUGCUUCCGAUACUGAACGGGGUGACCCUAACCUCCGGCGUAAGCUGGGAGACGUCACUCGCAAAUUCGAGAAUGUGGAUUUGAAAUACCGUAACCUCAAGGAAGUGGGCAUCCACGAGGCAAACGCGAAUAUGGAAAAGCUACGCAAGCAAUGUGAUGCAACGAUACAGGCGUCAGAUGACCUGGUGGCAUCGCUCAAGAAGGAGCUGGCUACGCAAGCGCCAUUGGCGCACGAGGCGCGCAAGCUCCGCAAACAGAUACAGAACCAGGAAGCAGAGAUGGAACGGAUGCGCGACGCGGCUUUGCAGCUUUCGACGUCUCUUGCUGAUGCACAAAACGAGAUCAAAGGCCUGCAAGCUAAGUUGGUGGCAGCACGAGCAUCAUCGGUUGACAACCCAAAACCUCCUAGCAGCGCGAUGAAAAGUACUGCACAACGCCAUUUCUCAGGAGAAGCUGCUCAGGCCACGCAGGUCGCACAAAUGAAGGAGGAGCUGUACAGCGACCUUACGGGUCUCGUUAUUCUCAACGUGAAAAAGACAGAAGAAGGUGAUACGUACGAAUGCAUCCAGACUGGCCGUAAUGGGACGUUACAUUUCAGACUGUUUAUCGACCAGGAAAUUGCAAAGGGCACGAGUUUCGAGGAAACAGAGUACCUGUACACGCCGCUGCUGGAUCGCGACCGAGACCACGAGAUGAUGAAAUUAAUGCCUAGCUAUCUGACCGAGGACAUUACUUUCGCCAGACACAAUGCAGCCAAGUUCUAUGGCAGGGUGGUGGACACUAUCACCAAGAAAAGGGGGGACGAAUGAACGAGUUGUACGAUACGAAGUUAUGCCCUCCUAACGUGGUUUUGGAUCGCACCUUGAUCCUGGAAAUGGUUCAGGUGUUCUGUGGGCUGAAGAAUAUAUUAGGUCAAUUUGGAGAGUGGCGAUCGUCUGCUACGGUGGCGAUCAGUCUUCGGGUGUAUCAUGACACGGAUUGGAUAUAUGCCAUAGUGCUUAUUGCAUUGUCUGAAAGACCAUAUUUUGCAGCGGUCAUGAAGCUGGAGGAAAGCUGGAGGACCAAGGUGCACUCCUGAGGACGAGGCGGCGGAACGCGGUUUCUCCGCAUCCCG